UCGUGUUUCUCAAUUUCUCUUCCGUUAUUGUUUUCGUCUUUUAACUGUUUUUUUUUUACUUUUCCCGUAAAGCACUCAAAUAAGAUAUUUUUAAAGGUGCAAUGUAAUAAAGGUGAUUAUUAUUAGCAGUAGUAGUAUUGAGCUUGCGUGCCAAGGGCUCUCACAGGCAUUAAGGAGCGCGAGGCACAGCCCCUCCACUGGGCCAGCCGGGAAGCGCUUCUCCGACAGAGCUGUAGCGGAAAAUAUAUUGAGGAAAUCGUUUAAUUCAUCCAUGAAUAAUGUAAAACUUCAUUUCUGGAAAUAUUGCGUGUCCUGACCUAUUUGAUGAUGACGGUUAUGUAGUACUGUUGUGUUGGUAUCGGCCGCAAAAUAACUGCCCCCCCACCGCCGGGAGACAGCGACAGGGACUGAGUUAGGACUCGGCUGGGCGCUGCUCCCACUAGCGGACGGAGGCGGAACUGCGCCGAGGUGCCGGGCCCCGCAGCCCCCCCGCGGCACACACGCAGUCAGCCAGUCAGCUGACCCGCCGCCAUUUUGUCAGCCAUUUUCUCCCUGGGUCUGCAGCCAGACUCCCUGGGACCGUACAGCUGAGCCGUGGCUCCUUUCUCCCGGACCAGAGCUCAGAUUCAGCCCGCUGGGGGAGCUUUUCUUUCGGCUGGGUGAACGAGCCAGCGGGCCUGUCUUGGUCCUCCUACCCCCCUGACCUCGCCGCUCUCUCUCUGUCCGCAGAAAGAAAGCCGGAGCUGCAGCUAUGGCUCUGAAGAUGGUGAAAGGGAGCAUCGAUAGGAUGUUUGAUAAAAACCUCCAGGACCUCGUACGCGGCAUCAGGAAUCACAAGGAGGAUGAGCUGCUGGCGUGUCGGGGCGUACCCCGCUCCGGGCCCGGUUCUGGACGGGCAGGGGCCGGGGUGAGCGACCGGCCCGGCGGGGUGGGGCUGCGCUGGUGGGAGAGAGGAGAGUGCUCACUGUUCACACUUGCACUAACACGCUGCUGCAGGAGACUGUUCACUGUUCACACUCACACUGAUAUUGACUUCUUAUAUUGCGUACAAGUUCCUUGUCUGUUUUGCCCACAGUUGCAGAUGCUGGGUUAUGAUGUCAGCUGGGCUGCCUUCAACAUUGUGGAGGUGAUGAGCUCUUCCAAAUUCACCUACAAGAGGAUAGGCUACUUGGCUGCAUCCCAGUGUUUCCACGAGGGGACUGACGUCAUCAUGCUGACCACCAAUCAGAUCCGCAAGGAUCUCAGCAGUCCCAACCAGUACGACACCGGCGUGGCACUGACCGGCCUGUCCUGCUUCGUGACCCCUGACCUCGCCCGCGACCUGGCUAAUGACAUCAUGACACUGAUGUCCCACACCAAGCCCUAUAUCCGUAAGAAGGCAGUGCUGAUCAUGUACAAGGUGUUCCUGAAGUACCCCGAGUCACUGCGCCCCGCCUUCCCCCGACUCAAGGAGAAGCUUGAGGACCCUGAUCCUGGGGUGCAGUCUGCAGCUGUCAACGUGAUCUGUGAGCUGGCCAGAAGGAACCCCAAAAACUACCUGUCACUGGCGCCCCUCUUCUUCAAACUGAUGACAUCCUCCACCAACAACUGGGUCCUCAUCAAGAUCAUCAAGCUGUUUGGUGCUCUUACCCCGCUGGAGCCUCGUUUGGGAAAAAAGCUGAUUGAGCCGCUAACGAACCUCAUUCACAGUACCUCGGCCAUGUCUUUGCUGUACGAGUGUGUGAACACUGUCAUCGCAGUGCUGAUCUCGCUGUCAUCGGGGAUGCCCAACCACAGCGCCAGCAUCCAGCUGUGCGUACAGAAGCUGAGGAUCCUGAUUGAAGAUUCGGACCAGAACUUGAAGUACCUGGGUCUGCUGGCCAUGUCCAAGAUCCUCAAGACUCACCCCAAGUCAGUGCAGUCGCACAAGGACCUGAUCCUGCAGUGCCUGGACGACAAGGACGAGUCCAUCCGCCUGCGGGCCCUCGACCUGCUCUAUGGCAUGGUGUCGAAGAAGAACCUCAUGGAGAUCGUGAAGAAGCUGAUGCUCCACGUGGACAAGGCAGAGGGCACAACCUACCGGGACGAGCUACUGACCAAGAUCAUCGACAUCUGCAGCCAGAGCAACUAUCAGUACAUCACAAACUUUGAGUGGUACAUCAGUAUCCUGGUGGAGCUGACUCGGCUCGAGGGCACACGCCACGGCCACCUGAUCGCGUCUCAGAUGCUGGACGUGGCGAUCCGGGUCAAGGCCAUCCGCGCCUUCGCCGUUUCCCAGAUGGCCACCCUGCUGGACAACGCCCACCUGCUGGCCGGCAACACCCAGCGCAACGGCAUCUGCGAGGUCCUGUAUGCGGCGGCCUGGAUCUGCGGCGAGUUCUCCGAACACCUGGAGGAUCCAGUCCAGACUCUGGAGGCCAUGCUGCGGCCAAAGGUGUCCACUCUGCCGGGUCACAUCCAGGCCGUCUACGUGCAGAACGCCGCCAAGCUGCUGUCCGCCGUGCUGCGCCGCGCAGAGGAGUCCGGCGACAGCCAGACCGCCACGGCCACCACGGAGAUGCUGAUCGAAAGGCUGCCGCUGUUCGUGCAAAGCGCCGACCUGGAGGUGCAGGAGAGGGCCUCCUGCGUCCUCCAGCUGGUGAAGUACAUCCAGAAGCUGCAGCAGCGCGAGGUGGGCGUGGCCGAGGAGGUCGGCGCGCUCUUCGCUGGCGAGCUCAACCCUGUGGCGCCCAAAGCCCAGAAGAAGGUGCCCAUCCCCGAGGGGCUGGACCUGGACGCCUGGAUCAACGAGCCGCCGUCGGAGAGCGAGUCGGAGGACGAGAAGCCGCGUGCCGUCUUCACCGAGGAGGAGACGCGCCACGCUCGCCCGCGGCACGCCGACAUCGACGAGAAGGAGCUGGCCAGGCGCAGGGAAGCCAGGAAGCAGGAGCAGGCAAACAACCCCUUCUACAUCAAGAGCUCCCCCUCCCCACAGAAGGGCUAUCAGGACACUCCGGGAGUCGACCACAUUCCGGUGGUGCAGAUCGACCUCAGCGUGCCUCUGAAGGUGCCAGGGCUGCCCAUGUCGGACCAGUACGUGAAGCUGGAGGAGGAGCGCCGGCAGAAGGAGAAGACGGAGAGGAAGAAGAAGAAGAAGGAGAAGAAGAAGCGGGGCAGGGGCAGGCGGCUGGAGUCGGGUCACACGGAGAGCGAGGAGGACAUCACGCCCGCACACCACGUGGACAUCGUCACCGAGGAGAUGCCCGAGAAUGCUUUGCCCAGCGACGAGGAUGACAAGGACUCCAAUGACCCUUACAAAGCUCUGGACAUCGACCUGGACAGGCCCCUGGCAGACAGCGAGAAGCUUCCUGUCCGAACGCACCGGCCCAAUGAGCCCCCCCAGACCCCCAGCAGCGAGGCGGAGCGGCCAGAGGAGGCCCCCCCGCAGGAGAAGAGGCGGAGCAAGAAGGACAAGAGGGAAAAGGAGAAGAAGAAGGAGAAAGAGAAGAAGAAGAGUAAAGAGAAGAAGAAGAAGCGACGCUCGAAAGAGGAGGGGGUGGAGCCACCUGAGGAAACUGUCCAACCAGCAGAGAGCACAGUGGUGGCAGCCCCUCCCCCAGAAACCUCUCCCACCGAGGCCUCUGACCUGGAUUUCUGGCUCUCCAGCGCUCCAGUUCCUGCUAAGACUCAGGCCCAGCCGCCAGUUGCAGCCCAAGUAUCUGAACCUGAGGAGCCCAAGGAGACAGAACCCGAAGACAGAAAAUCCUCCAAACACAAGAAGAAGAAGAAGGAGAAGGAGGAGAAGAAGUCGAGGAAGAAGCAGCAGGCGGCAGAUUCGGUGCAGAACGGCACUUUGGAGGAGGAGGAGGAGCCCCUGCCGCCCAUGUCCAACUACACUGUCCUGGGGGAGAACGCCUACAUCAAGAUGGUGUACGAUGUCCAGGGCAGCCUGCAAGAGGGCAGCCAGGUGGUGGUGUCGGUGAUCUUCGAGAACAGGAGCAGCAGUGUGCUGAAGGCCAUGGAGUUCAACGUGCUGGACUCCCUCAACACGCGCCUGCAGCGGCCCGAGGGGGCAGGACCACACGACGGCAUCGCAGUGCCCUUCCAGCUGCCCCCUGGUGUGUCCAACGAGGCACGGUUCGUCUUUACGGUGCAGAGCAUCAUCAUGCCGCAGAAGCUGAAAGGAACCCUCACCUUCAUCGUCAAGUCGGAGGAGGGGUCAACCCAUGAGAAACUGGACUUCAAACUGCAUUUCACCUGCACUUCCUACCUGAUCACUACACCCUGCUACAGUGAUGCCUUCGCAAAGCUGCUGGAGUCCGGGGAUCUGAAGGUGAGCUCUCUCAGGCUGGACGACAUCAGCAUGCCCUUCCACCACCUGCUGGCCAAGAUCUGCUUCCAUCACCAUUUCUCAGUGGUGGAGAGGAUCAACUCCUGUGCAUCGAUGUACAGUCGGUCUGUCCAGGGACAUCAUGUCUGUCUGCUCGUCAAAACGGGGGACAAGAGCGUGUCCAUCGAUGCGAAGUGUGACGAGUCGUCUCUCCUUGGUCAUAUUCUGGACGAGAUCAAGCUGACGUUCUCAGAGGUGUCCUGAAGACCCCACGCCUCGCCCCCACCCCAGGAGAGGAGUCGCUGAAGACUGAAGGAAUCCAUGCUAAUGCCUUGCCCCUCUCCUUGCUCUCCUCUCCUUCCCGUCUCCCCUCCAAGGCCACACUCUCGCAGGCAUUCCUGACGCCCCCCUCUCGGCCCCCAGGCGGGACUCUCCAAUGUCUUGAUUUCAGAUUGUUAUUGUUCGUUCCCAUGUUCGAUUCGGGUGUCAGCUCGCUGUCUGUUUUCCGUUCCCCCACUCCUGGCCUCCUGCCGUUGGUGUGCUGGCCAGGAGCCACAGCCUGUCCAGGUCUCCCUCUGGCCCUGAUGUCUUAAUGACUUGACUGAGUCAGUCGAUGCCUCCUUGUCUCAGUCAUGUCUGCGGCUCGUGUCUGUGAGCCCUGCAGGGCUGUGCCUCUGCAUGGGGAGGAGGCUACUCCUCCGGUAAUCCAGCCAGUACUCCCUGCUGACAGGACCCCUCCGCCAAUCGAUUGAUCCGGCUGAUAGGAAGUGUGCAUGUGUUGGAGCAGAGGCUGGUCACCGCGCACACUGACCAGUGAUGCACCGAAGCCUCAGUCCAGGUGCACCAGUGAUCUGGGCUGAAGGGCUUGAGCUAUCACCACUGGUCAGCCCUGGGCCUCACAGUCCCUGAACCAGCAAGCAACUACGGACAUUGUCUAAUUCAGUAAUUGAUCCAUUAGUUAGAUAAUUGGGUGGUAAUUGGUCAGUUAAAUCAGAGGUGAUUACCAGCCCAGAGCCCUGAUCUGCACUGCAGCUGUGCUGGACGGCUCCUUCCUGUAGAUCCUCCCUACCAGCGGUGCAGAUGUAGAGAGACGCCUGCACACAGAGCUGUCCUCUGGCUCGCACCCGGGGCCGACCCCAGGGGCUGCCCCUUCAUUUCCUGUCUGUAGCUGUGUAUUUAUUUUGAAUUUGAAGUGGAGUUCCGAGAGUGGUUGCUUUUCCUGUUCGUGUACAGUGGGCAGGAAGGCAGAUCCGCCUGCAGUGCCUGGGGGCUGCUAUUCCUGUAGGUGAGAACAGGCUGAGGGGGGGUGCAGUCUGGCUCUUCAAGCCUUCUGUUCAGUACAGCUGGAGCUGAACCCCAAGAAACACAUCGUCCUGCGUUACUGUCAGUUCUCUGGUAGCUAUCCUGUAGUGCCGUGACUUCAGCCUCUAAAAUAUUCUCCCGCCUGCAUCUCCCAGCAGGACAUCCUGUGUGAUUAUUCUGUUGAUUUAUAUCGGCUGUAUGAUGUGACAUUAUAUAAUGAUUUAAAUGAAUAUAUAAAGGAUAAACAAAGAAUUUCCUAUCGACAUUCCCUUAAGAAACCUGAGCUGCUGUAGUCUUUGUGUCAAGGUGAACCAAUAAACUCUGAUGUAUGAUAAGGACA